AUGACGAGAAAAAGGCGUGAGCCUACAUCAGACCUAGAACAGGAUGGUCGCGAGUCUCAAAAAAGGAAAUUUGUCGCCUGUCAACGAUGUCAUUCACAUAAGAUUAAAUGUUCCGGAGAUUUGCCAUGCACCAAAUGCCGCUCGGUAGGCUGUGCCGAUGAAUGCGCGUAUGCCACUCGGGAUCGCCAGGUGAAAGUUAGCGAGAAGGCAAUUUCUCGGCCCGCAGAUGCUCCAGAUGGGACGGGGAUCCAGAAUCCCCUGAUUGGAGACCGAGCCUGGUUUCAUCGAUAUGACCCAUCCUCGCCGCCCAUCUACAUCGGCGAGGCGGCUUGUUCGGCAUUUGCAACUCGAUUUCGUCGCUUCUUGACGGGAAACAGUGCAAUGCCACAUAUUGCACGAACGCAGUAUGAGCGGGAAGAAAAGAUCGCGGCAGCGAACGAAGCUGAUAUCCAGUGGCCAAGUCUCCACCAUGCUCGGCUGCUGGUCAGGAUAGCAAUUCACCAAAUCGGGCACCUGUAUCACCUCAUGAUGCGCAAGUCGACAUUGGACAAACUGGAAGAGAUAUACCAGACCCAAGACUUUGACUGCAGAUCUAGCAAGUGCAAGUUUUUUGCUCUGUUUGCCUUCGGGCAGGCAUACUCUAUCCGGUCCGAGCCAUACUCUGGUUCGAGAGUACCUGGGACAUCAUAUUUUGCCCGAGCUAUGGGCUUGGUUCAGAUCCUUCCGGAGAGAACGAGCGUGACACAUUUGGAAACAUUGUUGCUACUGUCUUUAUUUUCGUACUAUCUCAACCGCCGCCAUUCGGCAUACAUUCUGAUUGGGAAUGCCAUGCGAAUGGGCUUGACAAUCGGUCUCAACCACAAUAUCCCCGAGUCCCAGCUCAUCGACCCCGUUGAACGCCAGCACCGUAUCCAAAUAUGGUGGACAAUCUACAUCUUUGACCGGAUGUGGGGAUCCAAAAUGGGACUCCCAAUGCAAAUUCUCGAUGAAGACAUCCACGUCGACAUGCCCUCAACUAUAUCCCCUCGCUGGCGCCACGAGGAAGAACUAUCCGACAGUGAAUAUAUGACAGCCAACAUCAAACUGGCCCGAAUAGUCGGCGAGACAAUCACAAAGCUUUACAGCCGACGAAAGUACCAAGAAACGUUUCUCCAACGCGUCCAAAAGCUUCUCAAAGCCCUGAAACACUGGGUAGAAACACUUCCGGAGUCAUUGCGACUCAACAUGGACGAUCUGGAAUCCAGCAAGAAACCCAUCGUCUCCCUCCACAUGGCAUUCAACCAAUGUGUGAUCCUAUCCACGCGCCCAACACUGCUCCACCUCUUGAUGACAUUAAGCCAAACAAAAGCGGCAACAGACAGGAGCGAAACCGAGACCGAUACCGAACCCGAUAGCGUCUCUGUAUCACAACCAGUCCUGACGCUAAGCGAGGCAUGCAUCCAUGCAGCACGGCAUUCACAUUCCAUGAUCCUGACACGGUGGAUCAACGGGUCAAUGCCGACCUUCGGAUAUUUCCACGCACACUACUUGUUUUCCUCGGCAUUAAUCUUGGCAAUGUCGAGCUUCGUCCCGAUCGGGAAUCCAUCCGACAUGACCGGCUUUGACUCUGCACUAGACUUGCUACGCUCGAUGACCGAGAACGGGAAUCUAGCAGCAGCAGAGUUCUACAAAAACCUGGAGCAGGUGAAAAUCUGCCUGGACUCUUAUCGCGGAUUGAAGGUUGGUCGGAGUGAAAGGAGUGCCGAGGUUGCUAGUGCCACCAACGUUCAAGCUGAUACAGGCUCUGCGCCUGGGUUUACUGGGUUAUCGACCUUGGCGAAUGUGACAGCUAAUUCCUCCAUGCAUGCUUUGCCUUCUAAUAUGUCCAACUCUGCAACUGCAUCAGCGGCGCCGUUGGUGCCGACGCAUGAACCAGCCACUUCUGCACCUACUGGCCUGCCAAUUCAACAAGGGAUUGAUGCAUAUUCAUUCCCAGUUCGUGAUACCAUCAGCGGGUACACGACUGAGAUGGCAUUCUUGGAGCCGACUAUGCAGGAUUUCCUGGCGCAGUCAGAUAUUGACCUUGGUUUGUUACACCCUGUUGAUGCGUUUUUUAACGAAGCAGAAAAUCUUUAUACGUGCCAUGAGCUAUGA